AUGAUGCACCUCAAAGUCCACCUUUUGGAUGAUACUUGUGAAAUAUUUGAAGUGGAGCAAAAAGCCUUUGGAAAGAUGAUUUUUGAUUCUGUCUGCCACCAUCUGAGGCUUGUGGAGGAAGACUACUUUGGAUUGGAGUUUGAAGACCAUGAAGGUAAUAUAGUAUGGUUGGAUCAUUUAAAACCUAUUUUAAAACAAAUCAGAGGGGAUAAGACGGUCAUGUUUAAGUUUGUUGUGAAAUUCUUUCCUCGUGAUCCUGGGCAGCUACUAGAUGAACUGACAAGGUAUCUAUUUGCCCAGCAAAUCAAACAGGACUUGGUUACUGGAAGACUUCCCUGCAGUGAUAACAGUGCUGCACUCUUACUGUCUCACAUUGUCCAGUCCGAGGUUGGUGAUUUUGCUGAGGAACUGGACAGAAUGCACUUGCAAUCUAAUAAGUACAUUCCUAACCAGGAUGUUCUGAAUCAUAAAAUAAUGAACUUUCAUCAGAAACAUGCUGGACAGACACCAGCUGAGUCUGACAUCCGCCUCUUGGACACAGCGCGGAAAUUGGAGAUGUAUGGCAUUAGACUGCAUCCUGCUAGCGAUGGAGAAGGGACACAUAUCAACCUUGCUGUUUUACACAUGGGAAUAUUAGUCUUUCAGGGUAAUACCAAGAUAAAUACAUUCAACUGGGGCAAAAUACGCAAGCUAAGUUUUAAGAAGAAACAUUUCCUUAUUAAGCUCCAUGCCAAUGUUUUUACAGCUCCUUGUAAGGACUCCUUAGAGUUUGUGAUGGCAAGCCGCAAUGCAUGCAAGGCCUUCUGGAAGACUUGUGUUGCGUAUCAUGCUUUUUUUAGGCUGUCAGAGGAGCCAAAAUCGAAGCCCAGACCUAUACUUUGUAGUAAAGGAUCCUGUUUUCGAUACAGUGGAAGGACACAAAAACAACUUGUAGAACAUAUGAGCAAAGGAGAAUUCAAGAGGGUGCCAUUUGAAAGGAAGCACCGUAAAGCACAGUCUGGUACAAGUACUUCAGUGUCAGCAUCCGACCUACCAAUGAGAAAACAGGUGAAGGAGCUGACGCGGCGAUUUGCCAGCAGUGAGUGGUCAGAAGAUGCGAGCAGUAAAUCCAGGCAAAGGCGGGAGAGGAGGGUGUCAGCGGUGGAUAUCGUCUUUACAACAGAACUUGAACGUUCGAAACCUGAGGCAGAGCUAACAUCACAAGCCCUCACUCGGUCCCCCAGCCCCUCUCAUUUCACGAGCUUCAGUGACAGUGAGGCUGACAAGAGCAGAAUCCAGGCACGUAAAAACAGGCAGCAUUUACAAACUAGUGCAGGUGACUUAGAGAAUGUCUCUGGGACCAUGCUGCUAAAACCUGAAUAUUCGCCCACGUUCACAGCAGAUGCAAAAUAUGUCGGGGAUGAUAUUGCAAAGUUAGCCUUUUAUUCGGAUGACUUUCUUCCCGGGUCAAGACAGCUUUCACUAAAUGAGGAAAGGUUAAGGCCGUCGAGAACUGAUGGGGCCUCAGUUAGUCCACCUCCUCAGAACUUGUUAGCAAACCAAGAACUGUACCAAGGGGUUGCCACCAGGAAUAGUUGUGGCAGUGGGCUCAAUAUUGUAAAAGAGGAAGAUGAUCAGGAUGACAACCAAAGAUGCCCGCAGUUUCCAAAGAGAUCACGCAGUCAAUCAGAUAUGAAAACACUUCGCCUAAUCCAAGGCUCAGACUUUAGACCCUUGGGCUAUUACGUACCUCUGACUCGGAGACAAAACCUCAAUAAAUUGAGGCCUGUGCAUCCACUGCAUGUGGCAUUGAAACACAAAGGUCCACUGCAGGUGACGGAAAGAUAUGUUAGCAGUGGUACCGAGUCCAGCGAUUCAGACUCUGAAAUUAUCACUCCGUACUUUCAUCCCCGGUUGUUUGGCAAAGCUUUAAAAUCGUCGCCACUAACCGCAGGCAUGUUUUCUGCUGAUACCCUUCAGUUAUCUGAAGAAGAUAAAAACAGAUCUUUUAAUCUGAAUUAUGAUGACGAUACCAGCCACUUAACUAUUUACACUGGAUUCAUUUAGUCCAAGUCUGAUCUGAAGUCUGAUCUUCGUUGGUUUCGGUGUUAUGAACCCUACACAAUCACUGCAUCAUGAUAAAGUACAUUUAAGCCAUAUAAACCCCUUUCAUACUACCUUUAGGAGUUCUGCAACAAAGUGUAUAAUUGCAUGCGUUGUUUUAGAAAGAGGCUGUUUUUGUACGUUUGCUCCACUGUGAAGCAGCCAUAAGCAAUGUUCUACAUCAGAGAUUGUGGCACAUCAGAAAAUACUUCAGUGAUGGACCACUGUGCUAACUUGUAUAAUGUAUUUAUACACUACAUCUAGUUUGGUGUGGUAAUUGUUUACCAUUUUAUCAUGUUAAACAACACUAGCUACUGGUGACAAAUUGAUACUGGAAAUAUGAACAGGACAAAGUCAAGGCUGAUUCUGGCCAUGUACCUUGGUUUU